AUGGCGGCGGCGGCGGCUUCGGCCCAGCGGGGCGGCGGCGGAGGUGGCGGCGGCGGCGAUCCCGGAGCCGAUCCCGGAGCCGGGGCCGCCGGCGGCGAGCCUGCCCCGCCCCCAGGGGGCGGCGGGGCCUCCUCGGACCAGAUCAUGCAGACGGGGGCGAUCUUGCUGCGGGCGUUCGUGCGGGACCGCGUGGAGCGCUGCGGGGACCCCCAAGCCGUGGCCCUGAGCGUGGCCGAGCUGGGCGAGCCCCAGCCCAGCAGCCCCGACACCAAACGCCUCAGCGAGUGCCUGCGGCGCAUCGGCGAUGAGCUCGACAGCAACAUGGAGCUGCAGAGGAUGAUCGAGCAGGUGGGGUGUGAUGCCCCCAAAAAGCUGUUUUUCCGCGUGGCCAAGGAGAUGUUUGCUGAUGGCACCUUCAACUGGGGCCGUGUGGUUGCCCUGUUCUACUUUGCCUGCAAACUGGUGCUGAAGGCUCUCUGCACCAAGGUUCCGGAGCUGGUCCAGACCAUCCUGCGCUGGACCAUGGAGUAUCUCCAGGAGCACGUGCUGGCUUGGAUCCAGGCCCAGGGCGGAUGGGAAGGGCUCUUGUCCCACUUCGGGACCCCCACCUGGCAGACCAUCACCAUCUUCGCCGCUGGUGUCCUCACGGCCUCGCUGACCAUCUGGAAGAUGUCAUAGACUCUCAGGGGGGCCACAUUUUGUCCCCCCCUAUCCCCGGAACCCCUCCCCGGACUGGCCCUGCCGGCAGGGAUGGUGCUGACCCCCAGCACCUUCCAGGGCUGGGGGGGGUUUUUAACCAACAGGACUUGCUCACCUGGAUUUUGGGGUGGAGGUUGAGCUGGGGGGGACCCUCCCCCAGCCCCCCCCCCCCCCCCCCCC